CUGUAUUUGUUCGACUGGCAUGGUUAGUUUUUUUUUUUCUUUUCUCCUUCCUUUUUUCCCUUCCGCGUUCUGCUUUCCCUCCAAGGACGACUUACCUGACACAUCAUCUCUAGGCACUCCGCAGGCACAUACGACGCAGAAUCGGACACAGGCGGCUCCAAUGGUGCAGGCAUGCGGUAUGAGGCAGAGGGUGGCGACCCAGCCAACGCCGGUCUUCAGCAUGGACGGGCCUUCCUCGAACCAGUAAAGGAGAGACACCCUUGGAUCACAUACUCCGAUCUAUGGACAUUAGCAGGCGUAGUAGCGAUCAAAGAGCUAGGCGGACCCGAAGUGGCGUGGAAGCCAGGCCGUACAGAUUUGGUUGAUGACUCGAAGGUGCCACCACGUGGUCGUCUGCCCGACGCUGCCCAGGGUGCCGAGCACCUGCGUUUCAUUUUCAACCGGAUGGGCUUCAACGACCAGGAAAUUGUCGCCUUGGCGGGAGGGCACAACAUGGGCCGCUGCCACAUGGACCGGAGUGGAUUCCACGGCCCCUGGGUGAACAACCCGACCCGCUUCUCAAACCAGUUCUAUAACCUGCUCCUUAAGCUUGAGUGGACGCCUAAGACUCUGGAGAAUGGUAUUGCGCAGUUUGUAUAUGUGGACCCCGAUGCGGAGGAAGGCGAUGAGCAGCUGAUGAUGCUGCCGACCGACGUUGCGUUGAUCACCGAUCCGGAAUUCCGCGUUUGGGUGGAGAGAUACGCGCAGGACAAGGAACUUUUCUUCGAUCACUUCGCCAAGGUGUUUGCUAAGCUGAUUGAGCUGGGCAUCAAGCGUGACGCCAAGGGAGCCAUCAUCAACUCGGACAAUGUCAAGGGCGGAUACGUCUCCGCACCAAAGAAAAGCAACGUCCCAACUGGGCUAUCACAACGCGGUGGUGGUUGUCCGAUGGCCAGGUUGUAGAUUUCGGUUCCGUAUUUGUCUGUUAUUUCAUUGUACAUAGAUAGAAGAUCGAAUAUAGAGAACGGGUCGUUUAAUAGAUUUAGAAGUUUGCGAACAGUACUUCCAUUGGGAUCACUGGUUAUGACGAAGCCGAAGAACAAUGAAGAAAGUAGGAUAGUGUUGAGGAUGAGAAGACUGGGAAGGAGAGGAAAAGAGACGAGAGAUGGA